GCAAAAAAGGCGCGCACUGGUGGUCCCGCCUCGCCCCUCUGGACGGCCAAUGAGGGUCUUAGGUUGGACGGUACCAAGUAGUGACGGGCCGGGGAAAGCUGGCGGGGAGGGGUAAAUUAAGUUCACAUCUGUGGGCGCUGAAAUGACGUUGACCGCGCUGGCCUCAUCACCCCUCUCUCAGGUGCUGGAAUAUAACGGGACGUUCAGGCGCAGUAAGAUUGUCAGCCCGCAUGCUCCGGUGGCGGGCUCCGCCCCAUACCCUCGCUCAAGGCCGGCCCCCGAAGGAGGCGGGGAAAGUAGAGGGGUUGGCGGGGUGGGCAACUAAUCACGCCCGCUUAGGGUGAGCGCGCGCCGCCGCAGUAGCGAGGGUCGAGGGGCCCGGGAGGAAGCGGCUGUCGCGGGCGCGAGCGUCUGAGGCGUGAGGGCCGAUCGUGCAACUGGUUGGUGCUGAGGCCCCUGCAGCUGCCUCAGGUCCCUGCACGUGUUUCCGGCACGACAUGGAGCUGGAGGAGUUGGGGAUCCGAGAGGAAUGUGGCGUGUUCGGGUGCAUCGCCUCGGGAGAGUGGCCCACGCAGCUCGAUGUGCCGCAUGUGAUCACUCUGGGACUCGUGGGGCUGCAGCACCGGGGUCAGGAAAGUGCUGGCAUUGUAACCAGUGAUGGAAAUUCAGUGCCAACAUUCAAAACUCACAAGGGGAUGGGUCUUGUAAAUCACGUCUUUACUGAAGACAAUUUGAAGAAAUUGUAUGUUUCAAAUCUUGGAAUUGGACACACAAGGUACGCUACUACAGGAAACUGUGAAUUAGAGAAUUGUCAGCCCUUUGUUGUUGAAACACUUCAUGGGAAAAUAGCUGUGGCACAUAAUGGCGAGUUGGUAAAUGCUGCUCGACUAAGGAAAAAGCUCCUGCGUCGUGGUAUUGGUCUGUCAACUAGUUCUGAUAGUGAAAUGAUUACUCAGUUACUGGCAUAUACCCCUCCUCAGGAAGAAGAUGAUACCCCAGACUGGGUAGCAAGGAUUAAAAACUUGAUGAACGAAGCCCCCACAGCAUACUCCCUGCUUAUAAUGCACAGAAAUGUUAUUUAUGCAGUACGAGAUCCUUAUGGAAAUCGUCCUCUUUGCAUUGGUCGACUUAUUCCUGUUUCUGAUAUAAAUGCUAAAGAGAAAAAAUCCUCAGAAACUGAAGGAUGGGUGGUGUCUUCAGAAUCGUGUAGCUUUUUAUCUAUUGGUGCAAGAUAUUACCGUGAAGUCUUGCCUGGAGAAAUUGUGGAAAUAUCCAGAUAUAAUGUCCAAACUCUUGAUAUUAUACCAAGACCUGAAGGAAACCCAAUGGCUUUUUGUAUCUUUGAAUAUGUUUAUUUUGCAAGACCAGAUAGCAUAUUUGAAGACCAAAUGGUUUAUACUGUAAGAUACCGUUGUGGUCAGCAGCUGGCAAUUGAGGCGCCUGUGGAUGCAGAUAUGGUUAGCACUGUCCCAGAAUCUGCUACACCUGCUGCUCUGGGUUAUGCAGCAAAGUGUAGCCUUCCAUAUGUGGAGGUGUUGUGUAAAAACCGGUAUGUAGGAAGAACUUUCAUUCAGCCCAACAUGAGGUUAAGACAACUUGGUGUUGCAAAAAAAUUUGGAGUAUUGUCCGACAACUUUAAAGGCAAAAGAAUUGUUCUUGUAGAUGAUUCAAUUGUGAGAGGCAAUACCAUCUCACCCAUAAUAAAAUUGCUCAAAGAGUCUGGUGCAAAAGAGGUACAUGUUCGAGUAGCUUCACCACCAAUUAGAUAUCCAUGCUUUAUGGGAAUAAACAUACCAACAAAAGAAGAGCUUAUUGCCAAUAAACCGGAAUUUCAGCAUCUUCCAGAAUAUCUAGGAGCAAACAGUGUUGCAUAUCUGUCAGUAGAAGGACUGGUUUCAUCUGUACAACAAGAGAUAAAAUUAAAAAAACAGAAAGUGAAAAAGCAAAAUAUUAUGAUUCAAGAAAAUGGGAAUGGUCUGGAAUGUUUUCAAACCAAUGGUCAUUGUACAGCUUGUCUCACUGGGAACUACCCUGUGGAACUGGAAUGGUAGUUGGAGGGGUUCUUGAUGUUUCAAGAUAAAGCUGGUGGAGAAGUUACAGUUGUUACACCUAUUCAUUUUUUAUUACUCAGUUGGUACAGUGUAAAAUGCCAUGUGUGUAUAAUUUACCUUUAUAAAUUUUUGAAAUUUUUUUUUCUGAAGAGUACCAAAGUGCUAUUCUUUCUUUAAUAAAUCCUAGAUGUAUAUUUUGGCAUUAUCUAGGAACUUGGAGGAUCUUCAGUUUUAUCUAGUAGUUUAGUACUUUGAGGCUGCCAGUUACGAUAUCAUAUAUCUUUAGGUUGAGAUCAUCAACAGUAAUGCAAAGAAUAGAGGGAAUUGCCAGGUACAAAAUUCUCAGAAUUUUGUAGAAUAUUUUUUGAGUUUCUAAAAUUCAGUUAUGGAAUAUUUUCAUAACUGAACUUGCUAAUUGCGUAGAUUACAAUAAUAUUUGAUAUUCUUUUUUACACAAGCAUUGGCUAACCUUUUUCACUUGUUCAGAGAAGGCAAAUGGGUUAAUGGUACUUGCCAGGUCCGUGCUUUAAAGAGUGCAAAAGAUGAGACUGUGUAGUACAAACUGGACAGGUGAGUUAAAUACAACAUUUCAUGCAAAGCUUGAAUCCAUUAUACCUCAAAGGUGUUUGACAUCUGGAGUUCUCAUUAUAGUUCUGACCUUGGCUUCCUAUCUAACCCUGGGCAAAAAAACAAAAAACAAAAAAAACAGCCUUUUUGUGCCUCACUUCCCCCACCUGUAUAAUGGGAUACUUACAUUAUUAAAUAAUUAAGUGAAUGUGUCAUAUACAUUUGGUAGUUAAGGCCACCAUUUUACCCCAAAAUUUUAAGAUAGUGCAUGAUUAUUAGCUUUUGGGAUGUUGACUGUCAAUAAUUGAGAUUCUCUUAAGAUGGAGACAUAGUUUGGCAGCCCUUUGCCAUCUCUUUUUGAGAUGCCCUAAGAAUGGUUGUAAAAACAUGUCUGUCAAAAAGAAUUUUCUAUGUUCAUCUAGAAAGUAUGAUACAUAUUACUUAGUGCCCUUUUGUGUAAGUCUAGGAAGUAACUUAGUCACUUGAAAUAAAAAAUCAGUUUUUAGAUUCUAACAGGCCUUUUAUUCUUAAUUUGAUUAAUUACAUGCUUUUUUAAAAUGAAGUGCUUCAUCACUUGCAAGCAUAUAUAUAUAAAUAAAUACAUAUCAUUGAAAUUAAAUUACCAAGUGGAAACACUUUAGGGGCCAAUUUUGUUUUAAAGUUCAAGGACACAGCUACCUUUUUGAAAUGAGUGAGUAUGCCCAUCUAAUUCCAAGCAACAGCUUAACUGCUUUUUUCUAUUUUAUCUUACUGGGAUCUAAUGUAUUAGGCUUUUUUGAAGUUUUUUCUUGUAACGUCUAAGAUUUGAAGUUUUAAGAUGACUUGCCCCCAUCCAUCCCUGUUUAUGUAAGGUUUUUAAAACAUGACAGUGUUUCUGUUUUAUUUGAUGUAUUUGAUGUAUAUAGCAUCCAAACCCAUUUAGAAAUUUAAUAUUUAUUAACAGCUGAAAUCUCAUCAUCUGGUAUAUAGUCUCACAUGUGACAUCAUAGAAGGUUAAGAUUAAAUCUUGACAGCUCUUUAAGGCCCUGUGCGGCAGGCAGCAGAAGUUCAGAUAACCCUGUGGAAGUUGACACAAGUAGAUUGACAUUUGAAUAACCCCCUGGGACCAUUUGCAAGUAUAGCCUCUUAAGUGUAUUCCUCAUAGCAGCAUGAGGAGGGAAGACCUGUGGGUCAAUUUUGAUUGGGCCUUACUUACAUUUGAUUUUACAAAUAAGAGACUCAGGGAAAGUACUAAACCAAAAUCUCUAAUUUGACUUUUGUGUUUUGUUUUUCAUGGAUUCUACUUUGUUUUAUUGAAAUGCUUUAAUAAAGGAAAAUGAUACUAUGACUGUUUGUUAAUCUACAAAUUUGUUACUGUUUCUCCAUCAUGGUCUUUCAUUUCCAAAUUUCUGAAGUCUGAAUUGAAUUAUAAUCUUUUACCAAUUCAAUCUCAAAUGUGUAUCUGCUUUAAAUUUAUGAGUAAAUUAUUGAAAGUGCAAAGAAGAUGAAAAAUGUUUUCACAGGAUUUAUAUUAUGAACUAAGCCAUGCCUACCUUAUUGUGACUUCAUUGUGAUGUGUGGUGACAUAAGUAAUAAGUAUGUUU